AUGCCUAAAGAAAAGUAUUUGACAGAUGCUGAAAAAAUACAAGUUAAUUUAUAUUGUAGCUCAGAAAUCUCACCAGCACUUUCUAUACGAAAAAUAGUCUUUACUGAUUUACAAGAAGGUCUGUUGGAACAAUAUGUGACUAAAGCUUCUGAUAUUUAUUAUGGACUUCCUCAUAAGGAAGUGAGGAAACUAGCUUAUCAAUAUGGAAAAGCAAAUAGCAUAAAAAUGCCUCAUUAUUGGAGUGCAAAUGAAGCAGCUGGAGAAGACUGGUUUAGUGCUUACCUCAAAAGGCACAAAAAACUGUCAAUAAGAAAACCUGAGGCAACAAGUCAAGCACGUGUUUCCAGUUUUAAUCCAACAAAUGUUCAAAAGUUUUACAACAAUUUACAAACUAUUCUUAAUCGUUUAAAGUUGGAAAGUGGAGAUAUUUGGAAUAUGGAUGAAACUGGUAUUACCACAGUUCAAACUUCAGAUCAUAUUGUAGCAAAAAAGGGUUUUAAACAAAUUGAGUGUUUUACUUCGGCUGAGGGAGGCAAUUUAGUAACUGUGGCAGUUGCUGUUUCUGCCAGUGGAAAUUCAAUUCCUCCAUUUUUCAUAUUUCCUCGUGUUAAAUUUAAAAGCUAUUUUUUAAAUGGUGCUCCUGAUGGAAGCGCAGGCGCUGCAAACCCAUCUGGUUGGAUGACUGAAGUUCAAUUUUUGCAGUUUUCCCAUCAUUUUGUCAAAUAUGCCAGAAUAGAGGCUUUAGAUUACUUUAAAGAAAAUGGAGUAUCGGUUUGUUCAUUUCCUCCUCAUUGCAGCCGUAAACUUCAACCUCUAGAUCGAAGUGUAUUUGGACCUUUUAAAAAAUACACUAACACAGCUUGCGAUGCGUGGAUGACAAUGCACCCUGGUUCCACAAUGUUUAUUUACAGUAUACCAGGUAUUGUGGGUAACUCAUUUCCAUUAGCAUGUACCCCUAAUAAUAUCAAGGCUGGUUUUGCAAAAACAGGAAUUUACCCACUAAAUGUUAACAUUUUUGGUGAACACGAUUUUAUGCCAGCCUUUACCACAGAUAGACCACCUCCAAAACAAGACUGUGCAGUGGAAAGUACAGCGCUAAAUAUAAGUAAUGUAACAGAUGUUGACUUUACAAUAUCUGAGAAUGACAUGUUAAAUGCUGGUUACUCGAAAGAUAUAGAACCAUGUCAAGAUAUUUCAUAUUCAAGCAGUAAUGAUGUACACAGUGCAUCUACAGAGUCAACUGUAGUUCUAUCGCCUGAAGAUUUAAGACCAUUCAAAAAAGCUGAACCAAGAAAAAAAGUUAGGGCUAUAAAAGAAGUAGAACCACAUCAAUUUUAA